UGUGUAGUCAGCGAGACCGGUGGCUAAAAAAUAUUUGAACGCUUUCUCGCUUUACCUCUCAAACAAGAUGGGGAAGAAACGGUCGAGUGAAGAUGUGGAUGAGUCCAACACGCAUGCGAAGAAAGGAAAAGUAUCUGAGACAGCGGAGUUCAAUGGAACCGUUUUUAAAGCCAUGUUGAAGGAGCCGACCAAGGCAAUGAAGGGCUUGGAGACAUUCAUCACGACAGCAAAGAAGCUGCCAUGCUCUGACCUGUAUGACGUCGUUGAGGGCUACAUCAAGAUCUCCAUGGAGUGUUCUGAGAUCUUCAAACUGCUGGAGGGAGACAAGCAGAAGGAGAGCGAAAUGAUGGUGAUCUUCCAGAGUUUGGAGAUGAUUCUGCUACGUACGGCCAGUGAUCUCUCUCAUUUCAGCAUGGUGGGAUCCACUAUAGUCAAGAAGGCUGUCUCCAGCAUUAUGAAACUCAUACAGACAUCCCUACACUCAGAAAACCACAGGUUUGUCCGUCAGUGCCUGAGUUUCCUGUCAGCCAUGGUGUCCCAGGGAGCAGACACAGCCAGAGAAGUCUUCAGCCACUUCCACUUCACCAAAGGCCUGUCUGCUCUGGCCAAGAGGAAGGAUAAGAUGGGUAGACCUGAUGUCCGCAUGGCUUACAUCCAGUUUGCCCUCUCCUUCCUGGUCUCUGGUGACAACGCUACUAUUGGACAACUACUGGAGAUGAAAGAUUUCCUGCCAGACAUUCUAAGCAGCGGACUGAAGGAGGAUCGUAUAUCCAUUGUCAACCUGAUUCUGUCUACUCUGCAGACUAAGGUGGUCCAGAGCAAAGCCAUCAGUAAGACCCAGAAGGUCCGUUUCUUCACCCCGUCUCUCCUGGCCCAGAUUGCAUCUCUCUACAGGUGGAAUGGCAUUGUGGAUGCAAGCACAGACGACAGCAAGAUGGCAGAGAAUGCAGAGGAAGCAGGGAAGAUGGUCGUGAGGGAACUGGUUCACAACUUCCUCCUGGAUUUGUGCUGCUCCCGGAAACAUGGCAUCAGUUUCUAUGACCCCAGCUUUGGAACGGCCGGCAGGGCUGGUAACAUUGUGCUACUACAGUUUGUGGUAGGGCUGAAGCAGGCUACAGAGGAUGACCUGGUGUCUGAUCUGGUGGUUAAUAUACUAAGGGUCAGCCCUGACGUCUUGCCCAGGUUCUUCAAGGAGACACAGUACUCCUUCACCCCUCGCCUCAAAUCUGCCUGGACGGACAACAUCACUCUGCUCAAGAAGAUCUAUGAGUCUCAGCCGGAGGUGUCCAAGGCCUUCCAGACCAGAGAGGUCGUUCCUCUGCCACGCCUCCUGUCCAUGGUGCUGGUGACAUCACUUCCUCCCGUCUGUAACAAGGCCUUCUUCACGCAGGGCAUCAACUUUACCAACGCGGUGGUUCAGCACACGACCCUGUCCCUGAUGUCGUUCCUCCUGAAGAGAGCUCAGAGGAACAUAGAGUUCUGUCUGGACCGCUCUGUGUGGCUCGGCUCUGAUCUGUACACGCCGGCCAACAUGGAGGACUUCAUACAGCAGUACAGUGAGGCGCUCGGCAAGGUUCUACCGGACAUGACGAGCAUCGUGUCCAAAUGGCAGUCAUUGACCAAGAAGGAGAAAGGAGCGAAUGAAGGGGAUGCCAAAGAGGCUGCAACUAAAGUUGAACAACCCGGCCCGCCAGGCCCCGAGUCUCCAGAGGUCAUCCUCCUAAAGGCCCUCAUCCUUCAGGUGAUGUGUCUCUACCAGAAGGUGGUCCCUCACCUGGUCAGCCAGAGCAGGUUCGACUUCAGCAAGCUGCUCAAAGGUAUCGUGUCAGAGAAAGGUAUGAGGGAGGAGGUUCCUCCUGUACUCCAACACCACAUACUACAGCUGGCCCUGGACCUGCCGGCCAGCAAGUUCUCCUGGUUCAGAGUUCAGGAUCAUGUGGAGACAGAGGCGGGCUCUGGGGAGAAGUCUGUGUUCUUCCUGCUCCUCAAGAUGUUUGUGAGCAGCAACAACAGCCACCUGAAGAUCUCCACCAGGAAACUGGUGGUCAAGGUGCUGAAGGACAGUGGAGUGUUUGAGUACACCUGGUCUGAACUGGAGCUUUGGCUGAAUCACCUACUCAAACUAGAACCAGACCAGCAGGAUACAGUCAUACACUUCCUGGAGAGGGUGCUGGUGUGUCUGGUGUGUAACCCCUACACCUACACAGACAAGGUGGCUAGUCUAGUCCAGGACGCAGCCUUUCUACAGGCCAAUCUCAGCGGACAGGACGGAGACACCGCCAGCAUCCCCAUCUCACACAUAGACGACGUGCUGGACAUGGUUGAUGUGAUCAUGGAGGGCAGCGAGGGGGAGACGGAGGAGCUGGGCCCGGCGCUUAGUGAUGACCUCAUCCUCCAGACCUUCCCUUUCAGUGCCGUGGUACCUGCUGUCCUGGAGGCCAGGAACAAACUACCUGCUACCUACAGAACGGAGAAAGGUGUGGUAUAUGACUACAUGGCAACAGUCCUAUGUGAUGUGCUCCACUGUCAGAGAGACCCUCUGCCCCUCAGCCUGGCCCUUCUACAGUACGAUAAAGAGCUGGACUCCUCUGAAGACCCUCCCCAUCCCUCCAUCAUUCACCUCCAUCACUACUACACAACAUGGCUGCCCCAACAGGCGCGGGAACAUCUGUUCCAGUCCUGUGAAAGCCCUGUCGAUGUCUCUCCUACUCCUGUGACCUUUGCUGACCUACUGAAGACAACCUACAGCCAAGGGGCCUCUGCCCUGCUAGAAGAGUCCUUCAGACGGAGAAUAGAGGAGCGUCUGGCCGCUAUGACGACGGCUGAGUAUCCUGUUGCAGCCAAGCAGAUCCUACUGUACAUCAAAACCACUGUGGACAACUUCAGCAUGUUGUCUAUAGACACAGGGCUGCUGGCGCUGAAUGUCCUGAUGGGAGUUCUCCAGGGGUUGGUGUUGAGGCUUCAGAGCCCACAGGAACAAACUGAGGCAACCGAGGUAGAGCCCAUGGUCACAGCAGAGACUGAGCCCAUGGUCGCAGCAGAGACUGAGCCCAUGGUCACAGCAGAGACUGAGCCCAUGGUCACAGCAGAGACUGAGCCCAUGGUCGCAGCAGAGACUGAGCCCAUGGUCACAGCAGAGACUGAGCCCAUGGUCACAGCAGAGACUGAGCCCAUGGUCGCAGCAGAGACUGAGCCCAUGGUCACAGCAGAGACUGAGCCCAUGGUCGCAGCAGAGACUGAGCCCAUGGUCGCUGAUCAGAAGGCAGCAGAGACAGCCGUACCCAUGGCUGUGGUUCCUAAGGUGGCAGCAGAGACUGAGCCCAUGGCUAUGGGUCAGGACACAGCCACAGUAGUAGAUCCAGCCAAGGCAGCAGAACCCAAAGCUGUGGACCUCCUGGAGGGAUCAGAUCUCUUCCUGGAGGUCAACCCCUCUUCGGAAGUAGAGGACAACGACAACCUGGUGGUGUUGUCAGUGCUGAGUUCCAUCCUGAAGCACCCAUGUAUCGAGCAGUGGUUCCUGUCUCUGGAGUUGUCCUCUGUCCCUCCUACCUCCCUCAACCCUAUCAGGCUGAAGCUGCUGUGUGCUGAACUGUCUGACUGCAUCCUGGGUCUGUUACAGUCCUCCGCCUCCGCCCUGCGAUCCCUGGACUCCCUCUAUCUCCUCUCCCCCUACCUAGAGGCUGUAUCAAGGGCUCUGCUCAGAGAGCUGGGGGAGAGGAGGGAGACCGACAAGGAGUCCCGGCCUGUGAGAGCCUUCGUGGCCCUGCAUGCCUACAUGGAGCCCUCUCUCUUCCAGGAGCUGGUCUCUUCCCUUCUCCUACUCCCCCAGGAGACACUCAUCACCCCGGGGGAGGGUGACCAGGAGGGAGAAGAAGACAGUGAGAAGAGCUCCAGAGCAGCAGAGCUCAGUGUCUAUGGACGCACGGCACUACAUGUCCUCACCGAGACCUCUUCAUCCGGCUCCCCUCUCCUCCUCCUCUCCCAGGCCCACCUCCAAGGCCUGGCCACCCUGCUCCUGUCCUGCUCCAGCCCAUCUCUGGAGACCUUCCUCCUGCAGGCCCUGAGGACCCAGCCAGGCGACGCUAAACUCCUCCACACUGACGUCCUGCUCCACUGUCUCCAGGGGCCUCCUACUGCAGCCACCAAAGCCCUCGGGGCAGCCCUGCUGCACAACUGCUCUACUCACAGGCUCCGCUUCGAGGUGUGGUGCCUGCAGCCGCAGCACCUGGAGAAACUCACGGACCAGACGGGGGCUUUCCUACCGCUGGUCAACAGCUACCUGCAGACUGCAGCCAGAGAGGACCCUGCCAGGCCUAAAGAAGUUCAGACAGCGGUGCUGAAGGUCCUGAAGCAGGCCCUGCUCCCCAGGUUGAGCCUCUCCGUGCUGGGGCAGGAGACAGGGGAGGCCCUGGGGGCUGUGGAGGUUGUGGAGGCUCUGUCCAGCCUGGUCAUACUGGCAGCUAAGGUCAAGGACAUCAGAGAGCUCAUCACCUCCCUGCCCGCUGCCCUGCAGAAACUAGACGGCUUUGAAAGAUGGCAGUUGGUGGACCCCAUCAGUGCUGUGCUGUCUGACUGUCCAGAGGAGCUAGAGGAGUGGAGGAAGUCGGUGCUCUCUGCCGCCCUCCGGUGGCUGAGCUCCUCCUACAGUCACAACAGAGACCAGAACACGGCACCACUCACACAGGAAGACAGCAUACUGAACAGACUAACGGUACUACUGACUUUUCCAGAAGACAUCACAGCAGCUGAAUGGAACAGCUUUGUCAAGGCUGGACUGAAGUGUCGCUAUAGAGACCAUAACUUCCUGAGCACCCUGAACAGCCUGUUGGAUCUGAUGUAUGGAGGUAGUGAAGGACCUAAAGACCUGCUGCCUCUGUCUACCAUCCACACCAUGGCCUCCAGCCACUCCCUGUUCUUACCCACCAUGCUGGGAGCAGAGGAGGACCUUAGUGGGAACACACAGGUUAAAGAGGCCCUGGUCUCUCUCCUGCUCAGCCUAGUGAAGAGAAGUCCCGCUGUCUGUAACAGCAACCACUUUGUGGUCAUACUGGGAGCGUAUGGCGCUACACUGAGCACUACAGAUCAGAAACUGUUACUGCUGCUGCAGGAGUAUGAAGAUAACAGCGUCAGUCUGGUAGACUUUCAGUGCAUGCUGUGGGGCCCAGCGGCGGUGGAGCACCAUAAGGCCCGGAGAAGCCUGGGCGUUUCCUUGUGGCAGCAACCCAGCUCUGAGGACCUCCUGGCCCUGCUCAGCCCUGACACCAUGAUCAACACCAUUACUCACUUUCCCCUGCAGCGCAGGAUCAUCCUACAGGAGGGUAAAGAGCUGCUUUUCAAAGAUGAGGAAGUGAAGGAUCUUGGGAGUGUGUACGACCCCUGUUUCCUCCUGCCUCUCUUCAGUGCUAUGCUCCAGCCAGAGUCUGUGAUAGACUGUCUGAAGUUUGUGUCCAGUCACGGCCUUGGUGUGACGAUGGUGUCCCUGAGUAGUUAUGACCCCAAGCUGAGGGCCGCAGCCUACCAGGUUCUAGCUUCAUACUACCAUCACCUGGAGGCUGCUCGCUUCAGGGAGAAGAGACAGCUGCUGUACCUGCUGGACAUGGUGAAGAAUGGGAUCAGACAGCAGAACCUCAGGAUGCCCUUCGUACUGACCACAUACAUCACCAAGGUGGCACAGCAGAUGCUGAAACCAGAGGAGCACAUGUACGUGGUGGUGAACAGGUUCCUGCUCUCCCACCAGUGUCUGGACUUCAGAAGGGUUCCGGAGUUCUUCAAACUGUUCUAUAGCUAUGACAUGGAGCACAAGGUGGAGAGGGAGUGGAUGCUGUCUGUCCUAGAGGAGGGCCUGACAGACAGACAGUGUUAUGAUCUGCUGGACCAACAGGGGAUCUUCCAGACACUGCUAGGAUUCUGCUGCAGCCCACUCUGUGACCAACACACUCAGACUCUAAUCGUGAGGGUCCUGCACCAGGCUGGUCAUGUGACCAAAGCAGCCUACAACCUGACCAAGGGACACGGGCUCCUCACCUGGGUUCUACAGCAGCUGGAGAGGAGACAUGUAGACCAGGGUCUGCUGAGUGCUGUGGUAGAGCUGCUCCACGUGCUGUGGUUCACCAACCUGGGUCAGAAGGAGGCCCAUGGUGAGGGAGCCCCCUCUUCCUCCACACCCCAGGGACACACCACUCCAAAGGUUCUCCCUCUACCCCUCAUCAGCCAGUUCCUGUGUGUAGCCACCAGCAUCAUCAGACAUCUGAGGCUGGUGAAGGCAGGUCAGCUGAGCCUGUAUCUCCAGACUCUGAGCUCCAUCCUGCAGCAUCGUGGGACAGCUCUGGGGGUCCACGGGGAGGCUGGCUGGCUGACCUUACGACCCCAGGCCAUUUCCUCCCCAGACGCGCUCGCCCUCCUCCACCGCUGGAGCACGCUGACCCACAAUGCACCUCUCCUCAGCCAGCUGCAGACCGUGGCGGAGAAACACAAAGUCAAGGAGCUGCUGGGGUCGGGCAGGGAGAAAGGCAGAGGGAGAGGCUGCUCUCUCCAGGCCCAGGCCCAGGCCCGCUCCAACUCCCGACCAAAGGAACAGGGGGAGGAAGGAGAGGCAGAGAGACGAGAGGAGGAAAAGACGACUCUGCUGGAGAAGUGUACCCCUCACCUCAGGAGUAUCUUUACCCACUGGGAGCCGGUCUCCCCUGCCUGUCCCCCCUCUGACCCCCGAACCCCGACCUCCACCCCCCUGGCCAACACCACAGCCCACCUUCUCACCGGGUGGGUCCUGAGCUCCUUGGUAGAGGGAGCCUCCACCUACGAGGACAAAGGGACAGUCCACUUCCUCCGCUGGUUCCAGAAGACUGUCCUGCCUCACAGAGACAUAGUGGACAUGGUGGUGGCUGACCCUGUUAUGAGACUGGACCUGCUCAGGCUCUACCACCAGGUCUGUGAGCCCCAGGCCCAGCCCCAGGCCCAGCCCUCUUCCUGGGUAGAGCACGUCCAGCUGUUCACCAACGUUAUGACCCAGCUCCUGGAGGCCAGAGGCUGCGCUGAGAGUGGCCUGCACAGGGCCGUGCUCACCGCAUGCGGCCUAGGAACACCAUGUAAUGACCAGACCACGAAGGAAGGUCUGAUGCUGCUGUCUCUGUACCUCCAUGAGAUAUGGAGUGGAGCGAAGAGCCCAGAGGUGUUCCUGAGCCAUGCAAGACUGGUGAAUGAGAUCCAGGGUUCUAUGGGGACCGAGCGACAGAAGUCCAAACGACGCACCCAGACGCACACGGCCCUCGGGACCAUCUGUAGUAACCUCCUCUCAGGACUGCAGUCUACUGUUGCACCAAUAGGAGUUACAGAGUUGUGUCCCAAAUGACACCCUAGUUAGGACACUACUUUUUGACCCGGGGGCCUCCGGUCAAAAAGUAGUGAACUACACUGAGUGUACAAAUCAUUAAGAACACCUGCUCUUUCCAUGACAUAGACUGGCCAGGCGAAAGCUAUGA